AUGCCUUCAUACCAAAGAGCUUCUUCAUUAAGGUGUGAUAUGCUUUUUCUCGUAGAUCAUUGCAUCAGUUUUCAAGCUUCAUCGAAGCAUAAACAAAGUUAUCAAUCUAAGGCAUAUUUUUUUGAUCAUAUUCUAGUACUUCAUGAACUUCAUCAACUACAAGACCUUGAUGUACAAGUCUCCUCAGCUGAUGCUGAAUCAACAGAAGUUGCCAAUGUGGGAGAAUUCAAAAUUUCAAAAAGUAACAUUGAUAUUGAUAACGUAUCUGAUUUUAAAAGUUAUCCUGAUGUUAAUGAUAUUUCUUUCCAUGAUGAGCUAAAAGGCUAUGAUAAUAUUGAAGAUUCCAACAAUGAUAAUAUUUCUUUUUAUGAUAAUAAUUUUUCCAUUCAUGAUAAGCCAAUAGAAAAUUAUAAUGCUAUAAGCAUUAAAUCUACUGAAGAAAUUAAAGAAUUAGAUAAUGAGACUAAUAUAGAUGUAGAUAAUAAUGCUAAUGAACAGUUAAUAUUAGAUGAUAAUGUUUAUAAACAGUUAGAUAAUGAGAUUAAGAGUUAUAAUUGGUAUAAUAAAAUUCCAGAUGCUCUCGAAAGUCUAAUGUUAGAUAUUAAAAAAGAAAAAACAAAUAGUGAGGUUUAG